CCGAGGUCAUGACCGGUCAUCAAAUGCAACUUCAGCUCAAUUGGUGAGAAAUCUGUGGUUGGGGGCAGCUAUCUCCAGGGUCCACGGGCACUUCCAGUUCUGUAGGAUCACGACAGUCUACAAGUCAAAUGGCGGGCUCGCAGUUCAGCCCGUUGACUCCUCGCGAAAGGGAAAUUAGAGAGCUCCAACAGGUCGAACAGAUCCGUGAACAGUUAGAGAGGGAUCUGAAGAAAGCUACCGACAAAGAAAGGGAGAUUAAAAAUAGAACAGCCAGGCUUGAAACUCUAGAGGCUGACAAAGCUGAGUUGGAGGGCUUAGAUGAUUCAGGAAUGAAUGAGCCCAUGAAACUGUUGAGGAAGAACAUGCUGUCACUGCAUGCGCAUGUGGACAGCAGGUUGGACUUCAUGCAGAGCACUUUGGACCAGAUCCUAGACGUGUUGACAAGGCCAGGAUACAGGCCACCAGCACAAUCGCCAUUGCCGUUAUCGGCGAUGUCUGGCCACUUUCCAGUUCAAGCUGGUACACAGCCAAGUGGUGCGUCUACAGCAGCCUUACAGACUGUUGCAUCUUCUUCUUCGGGUCCAGCGGUGAUAGCUACAUCACCGCAACAACGUGUUCAGCAAUCUGGACAGACGCAAGGUCAAUGGUAUCCUAAGACCCCGAUGAAACCGCCUCUUGCCUUCUCAGGCGAGAGAAAGGACGAGGAACUCAACACAUGGUUGAGAACGGUCCCGGUUUGGGUGAAGGCAAAGAGGACCUUGCCUGAGGACGAAGUGGUAACUGUUGCAUCCUACCUUGAGGGUAAGGCAGCCAAAUGGCUAGAUGGAGUAGUUGUGAGGGCCGGGUACGGGCGACACAUGGCAGACUGGGCUAAGUCUCUGACGUUAGACCAGUUCAUGGAAAUGGUAGAAGCUCGAUGGCAUAAUCCACAGGAGGCACAAAAGGCCACUGAUGCCAUUAACAAACUAGACCAACGAAAGUUCAGGUCAGUUAGAGAGCUUACGACUACCGUUGAGAGCCCGAUCCUCGUCCCAGGCAUCAACUACAGUGACCAGUUCCUGUUAACAACGUUUGUUAGAUGUUUGCCAGAGAGCAUCAGGAACUUGCUGGCCAGCCAGGCACGCACAGAGUAUCAUUCGUUUGAGACAUUGUCUAGGACGGCUUUAGAUUUGGAAGCCACUCUAGGCAAUGCUCAACCCACCUCACAAACUGACUCAAAGAAGAAGAAGAGUCCUCAGGAGUGGAAUGAGAAGGGAGCAAAGUUGAUGAUGGUUGAGUCUGAAGGGACUCAAACUGAGAUUGACGAACUCUCUGACCUGAUGGACUAUUCAGAGUAUGACGACGAGGAGGUAGCUGAGGGUAGCACCCUCGCCGCAGUAGUUAAGACUAAGGCGGCUGGCCGAAGGAAGGGCCAACCUAGGGGUCAAGGGAAGGCCGCCUCCAAUCAGACCAAACAGGCUGAGUGGGUUAAGGCAGGUCUUGAUCAAGACGUGUGGCGUGGCCGCCGAACACGUGGCGCUUGUAUCAACUGCGGGGAAUACGGACACUCGCAGUACAAGUGCCAGAACGCUAAGGGAUGCAAGUACUAUAGCAAGAUAGACUUGAAAUCCGGAUAUCACCAGCUCGCAAUAAGACCUGAGGACCAACACAAGACAACUUUUCAGACUCGUUAUGGUCUGUAUGAGUUUGUAGUGACUCGACUUGACACACCGUGGGACUGGAGUGAUGAGUGCGAGGGUGCUUUCAAGAGAUUGAAGCAUGCACUCAUGAAUCAUGAGGUUCUCACGGUUCCCGAUCCGCAGAAGCCAUUCAUAGUGACCACUGACGCAAGCCAAUACGGCAUUGGCGCAGUGCUGGCUCAGCAGGAUGGAAAAAAGUUGAGACCGAUUGAGUACAUGAGCAAGAAGAUGCCAUCAAAAAAGUUGGCAAAGUCCACCUACGAGAGGGAACGCUAUGCUCUGUAUAAAGCACUUGUCCAUUGGAGACACUUCUUUCUAGGAAGGUUCUUCUACUUGAGGACUGAUCAUCAGACCCUCAAAUGGAUCAAGACUCAACAGGCUCUUUCUUACGCCCUCAAGCGAUGGAUUGAGGUCAUAGACCAAUAUGACUUCAAGCUUGAGUACCUGAAGGGAGAGUAUAACGAGGUUGUUGAUGCAUUAUCACGUAGAGCAGACUACCUAGGUGCGCUAGUUUCUGACUUUGGCGUAUCUGAAGAAGUAACUCAAUCAUUGGUGGGAGCCUAUCAGGAAGACCCUGUCACGAUGGACAUCAUUCGCAAGCUUCAGGCAAAAGACAAGGCCACGGAAAGUGAGUUUGUGAUGGUGGACGGGUUACUCUAUCUUCAUAAGGCAGGAAUAAAAAGGACAUUGACGCUGCCCCCAACCAUGGAUGGACAAGUGGACAUCGACGACAUUGUGGAUCACAGGGAUAUGCUUGUUCCGAAGCCGCUGGGUCGAGGAAGACCUCCUAAACCCAAGAGAGAGUACCGCGUCAGAUUCAGGCAUCAUACGGAUCCUAAAGAAGAUCGAUGGUUUACCAGGGAGGAACUAAUCGAGACAGCUCCUCAGGUGGUGGCAGAGUAUGAGAGGCUAUUGAAAGGGAAGGCACCUGCGAAAGAUUUGACGAAGCCCUACUUGAUUCACUAAUAAACAAUCACUCAAUCACUCAAUCAAUCAUUCAACAAUGAGUCGAUCAAGCAAGCUGGCUCCUUGAUUGGGCGGAUCCUCUGAUUAAGAAGUCCGCUCCGCUACCAAACUGUUGCAUACCGUAACGGUGCAGACCUGAACAAGAACUGACCUCUCUCACAUAGUACAGGAUAGCGCAGCAGAAGGCUAAAAUACCAAUGAUCAGACCAAUCAAUGUUGCAAUUGAGA